CCGAUGAGAGCCUGAUGGCGAUGUAGAAGCGCGAGAUCGGGAAUUCACCUCAGAUGUCCCCUCUUUCAGCCAAGUGGAGGUUGUGGUGGGGAUCAAGGCAAACAAGCAGACUUGCGGAAUAGCGAGGAUCUCGGGGACGGAUUCAGAUCGAUUUGCGACUCCUCGCCACCUCGUGUAAUCACAUGCGAGCGUCUGCGUCGUCCAUGUCUUCUCCGUUCCGGCACUAUUGCGGAGUUGAUGUCAAUGAACUCUCUCUUCAGCUAUGAUGACAGAUCAGCACCUCCCACUUUUGGAGGCCACACCCAUGCUGGCUGAAAUGCCCCUCUACCCCCACAUGAUCAGCCGAGACAGCAUGCAGCAGAUGGUUCUGGUGCAGGUCAAUCCAGGAGAGACUUUUACUGUACGCACGGAUGAUGGUCAGAUUCAGUGUAUUACAGGUCCUGCGCAGGUGCCCAUGGUGUCCCCUAAUGGCACUGUGCCGCCCAUUUUUGUGCCUCCAGGUUACAUAUCUCAGGUGGUGGAGGAGAACGGCAUGUGGAAGGUGCUGGUUCUGCCUCAUACGAUGGAGUUUCAUCCCUCUUUACCCCCUGUACCUCCACAUCUCCCGCUGUACACCCCACCACAACCAGCCAUGCUGCACCACCCACACUUUUACCCCACCGAGCUCUCUCCUCACUACAUCCACCAGCUGCCUGCACUUCCUGUCUACACUGAGCAGGACAUGAUGUGCCACAGUGUCUCUGUGCCCAUCCGUGAAGAACGUGCAGUGAAAAUGCAGGAGCAGCUACAGCGGAGGCUGAAAGGCGGGCAUCUGGGUGCUGCUAAUGGCAUGCCACUCACCCACAACGGACACAGCAAAGUCCGAACAGGCAUGUCGGCCUCUCCAACACCACCACGUCUUAAACACUCAGUCCGGAACAGAGGCUCCCCUCCAAACGACUAUGAGGUUAAAGCUGCAGAUCCAGAAGAAGAAAUGAGGCGAGUGCAGGAGCUGCUCUCUACUGUAUGCAAACCAGCAGUGGGCAGUGUCACGUCACACUCUGCAGUCCUCUCCUGGCGUCCUCCACUCCCUAUACUGUCAGAAGCAGAUACACACUUAAACUCACACCCUGCCCUGCCGCUCAGCUACGAGCUGGCCUUGUCUCAGAGUGGCACAGAGGGAGAUUUCAAACUUGUGUACCAAGGGAAAGACACUACAUGUACACUGGGAGAGCUCAGACCUGCGACACAUUAUUACGCCAGGGUGUGUGUGGCAUGUAGGUCAAUGAAGGGAACCCCAUCAGAGAGUGUAAUUUUUACUACAUUGUGCAGCAUCCCAGACACUCCUGCAGUCCCCCGACUUAUCCAGCGCACCAAGAGCUCCAUAAGCCUCCAGUGGAGAUCACCCAAUGACAAUGGCUCAAAAAUCACUGGCUUUUGCUUGGAAUACCACGAGCAGGGAAAACAAAGUGCAUUUAAGGAGAUUUACAGUGGCCUUGCCAAGCAGUACAAAGUUGUGCACCUCAUGCCUUCAACAAAAUAUGCCUUCAGACUUGCUGCUAAAAACGAUGUAGGAAUGAGUGCCUUCAGUGCUGUUCUGAGUUGUUGUACAGCCAGCUGUGUCAUGUCUCCUCCUGCUCCUCCACCUCCACCUCGUCUGAUGGAGGCUGGCGUAACAUGGCUGAGUCUCGAGUGGAGCACCCCGUGUGGUACAGCCAGCCGAGACACACACUCGUACAUUCUGGAAAUGGAAGAGAUUAAAUCGGGGUGUGGCUUUCAGCCGAAACAUAGAGGAGAGGAGCAAUCGUGUGUAGUGAAAGAGCUCAGGCGAUACACGUCUUAUCGAUUCAGGGUGUCUGUGGCUGGACCAGAUGGUCACAAUGUGUCUAGUGCAGUAGUGGACUAUAGAACACUGCCAGACCAACCAGGCAGCCCAGGAAAACCAUCAGUGCACAGUUCUGUACAACCACACAGCCUGCAUGUUGUCUGGGAGGCCCCAGAGGAUGACGGCGGCUCGCCAAUUACUCUGUAUAUACUGGAACUCAGUCAGAGUGACCACCCCUGGGAUGUCGUGUACCGUGGGCCUCUCAGACAGCAUGUGUGUGAAGGCUUGCAGGAGGGCAGAUGGUACAAACUGCGGGUGUACUGUGAGAGUUUGGGAGGUCAGAGUCAGGUGUCGGAGAGUCUCUGUGUGCAGAUGGCUCCUCUGCCUCCUGGACAAUGCCAAGCCUUCCACCCUGCAGAGGGAGCCACAUCCUCAGAGAUUUCACUAUCAUGGGAUGCUCCAGUGUGUGACGGAGGGGCUGCGGUGUCCCAGUACUGUGUGGAAAUGGCUCGGUCAGUGGAAGGCUCUCCACUGCAGGUGUACCAGGGCUCAGAUCCCUACUGCACUGUGGGACAACUACUUCCUGGCACAUCCUACCUGUUCUGGGUGAAAGCCUACAAUGCAGCAGGGUGGGGUCCCCUCUCAGACAUGUGCCAAGCUUCCACAACAUCAGGAGCCCCAGAGCAGUGCAGUGUUCCAAAUCUUACACCAAGCUCUUGCAGCAGUGUACUGGCCACCUGGGAGAGCCCAGCCUGUAAUGGGUCAGAGGUGUAUGAGUUUCAGAUGGAGUGGGGUCUGGAGGAAAGUGCUCUGGAUUUACUGUACUCUGGGUCUUUAUCUCAAUAUGAAGUGAGAGACUUGCAGCCUGCCACAGUGUACUACUGCAGAGUGCAGGCAGUCAAUGCUGUUGGGGCAGGCCUCUUCAGCGAUGUUGCCACGGUAAAGACCCCAGCAUCGGUACCAGCAGCUGUGGAGCAUGUGGAGGAAAUUAGGGCAGACUCCCUGGGUGCUGGUACAGUUUGCAGUACCUCUAACAGUUUGGCUGUAAGGUGGACAGAACCUAAGUGUCAUGGAGCAGAAAUUUCUGGAUACAACAUAGACUUUGGAGAGGAGCAGCCUCUGUCUGUAGGAAGGACUAACUACCACAUACUGGAAAAUCUUCAAUCGGACACUACGUAUAGGAUACAAGUGCAAGCAGUUAAUAGCAUCGGUGCUGGUCCUUUUAGCACAAUGCUAAAGCUCAGGACACGACCCUUGCCUCCUGAACCCCCCGUGCUGGAGUGUGUGGUGGCUGGACCUCAGAGUCUGAAGCUGAAAUGGGGAGACCGGCUACAGAACAGUCACGGCACACACUACUGUUUGCACAUGCAAGCUGCCACAGACAGGUUGGUUUGCAUCUACAGCGGCCCAUGUCAUACAUUUAAAGUGCAGAGACUGUGUGAGGCUACCGAGUACCAGUUCAGCAUUCAGGCUCAAAGUGCAGCAGGCAUGGGCCCCCUCUCUCCUCCCUACACCUUCAGCACCACCCGCUCUCCACCACCUCAGCUCAAACCACCAAAGGUUGAACUGGUCGAGUGGAACAGGUAUACAGUCACGUGGGAGGCUCUUCAAGCCAUGAGAGGAGACCCAGUUGUUUAUGCACUGCAGCUGCUGAGGGGCCGUGAAGUGGAGCAGCUGUAUAAGGGCUCUGGAACCUCAUACACAUGGCAUAACUCCACAGCGAGUAGCACAUGUCGCCUGCGUGUGUGUGCCGGGCGUCGGAGCACAGAUGGCGGAGAGCUGUGGGGUCAGUGCAGCCUCAGCACGGCCCUCCCUGCGACUAAACCACCCCGGAUCUCAAGCUCCCACAAUCCUCAGCCCAAGAGGAGUUGGUCUCUUGCCGAUGAGCGCUUUGCAACUCUUCUGCUCCUUGGUUUCGUGAUACUGGCCAUUCUGUUUGCUGUGCUCAUCCAGUACUUUAUCAUUGAGGUGCCAUGAGGGGGUGAGGAAAGGGAUUUGGUUUGAGGAAAUGAAGAAAGGAAUAAGAUAAAAGAAGGAGAAAGAAAAAGCGGCAUGUUAGAGCAGAGCAGGCCUCGUAGCACAUAGCCGCCCUGGCUAGCACAGAGCAUUUUAAAAUGGUCAAAGCCCAAUUAUUACUAUUAUUAUUAUUAUUAUUAUUAUUAUUGUUUUUUUUAAUGACUAUUAAUGCAUGGAGGAAAGAAAUCUAUAUAUGGCAUCAGUAGGUACUUUGCUAUGUAAACUGUGAUGAAUGAGACUUCAGUGUGCCGUCGGUGUACUUUUCAGAAGGUUACUUCACAGUUUUGGCCAGAUUUUUAUUAUUAUGUUACACGAAUGCCGAUUAUUUUUAGAUCACAGAAACCUCUCUAGGCAAGGCCGAUCACUCAGAGCUUCGGUUAGCUUGGCUGCUAUUCGGUACACAGCAGCCUUAUCUGGACAUUAAAGGACCUCAUUCUCAGUUUGGAGGUCAUGUGAUUUCUCCUGAAACACCCUUGAGGAUUGUGACAUCAGUGAAGUUUCUGUCGCUAUAGAAAAAUGAAGUCUUAUGGGCUGAGUGCUUUUUUCUGCCUUAGAAUAAUAAUAGGAGGGUUUGGGGCUUUUUUAUUUGCGUGCAUAUAUAUCAUGUAGGCAUUAUUCCAAUUGUUUUUUCAGUAUCACGUUUUUCAGUAUAAGUGUUAAAAGGGAGACCGUGCCAAAGCUUUCAUAGACAUAUACAAAAAAAGCAUACUCAUAAACGACUGGAGUCUCUUGUACUCUCAUUUGCAGAUAUGAAAUAUUUUUUACGUUUAAGAAUUCAUAACAUCAUAACCACAUUAUACCAUAAUAAUUCCAUUCAUUUAUCCGAGACAUUGGGAGAGCUAGAUUUUUUUACGUUCUGCUAUCACCAGUGUGUUCUUCUAUGAUAGACUAUACAUACAUUCUAGCUAUGUUCAUGUACAUACAGAUAUGGCAGUAUUGCUUAGAUAGCCGAUAUGGAUAUGCAUUUGUUAUAAAUGUCUCUAUUUAGCUCAAACUGAGCAGUGUAGUCCCUUUCUGAGUUCUACUUUAUGCUGAAGAGUUUUAUUUUGAGCUUUACUUUUGGUUUAACAGUAUAUUAUCUCCAUUCAUUUUUGUAAUGACUUCUGGUUAUCUCAUCGAAACAUUACUGAUUUUCGGGGAGUAAAUGUUAGCACCCCCCAGCUCCAGUGCCAGUGAAGCUGCUCCUAUGUUGCUAUUUUCUUGAUUGGUGCUUGAAUGCAACAAAAGGAGUACACAUCCCUCUCUCCCUCCCUCCCUCUUUCAUUCUUGAAAGGACCGCACUUGACACAAAUGGGAUUUUAAAUCUUUGAAGUUUUCUUUUAUAUUUAUGUCAAUAUUGUAAACUCAAACAUCCCGGUUUCUUCCCGGUGCUCAAUCCAGAUGAAGCGAAUGGUUUUUGAUAUCUCUGUUGCAGGGUCAUUAUUUGUCAUCACAUUGUUAUUGAAAGUAGAUUAAUAAUUUAAUGUGAUUUCAUAUCCUCCCUUCCACAGAAUUUUUUCCCAUCUAAGACGUAAGUGAUAAUGCUUGAUGAAGUAGACCCAGAGUGUAGUGCCUCUAUCUGAGAAGGCAUCAUGUACCGUCAGUGUCAUUCUAGGAGCUUUGCCUUUCUUUGCCUUGGCUACAUUAAGGACUCUUAAUAAGGAAUCCUAAUGACAUAUUCUCCUGUGCUUCUGUGCAAGGCCUACGUGUGAGCUUCUCAUGCGAACACAAAAGCUGUGUUUCACUACCAAAUGUAGUGAUCAACGUACUUAUAGAGCUGCUAGAGCUGUUUUUAUUUACAAAGAAGAAAAGCUGCUGUCUGAACUUCCUUCUUUUCAAACUUGAAUAGAGCUGUACGCUAUUUCGUUCUUUAUACCUCUUUCAUGUCACAAAAGCCAUUCUGUCACACAGCAGACGACGUUUUUUUCCUUCACUUAGCUUUCACUUUGUCACUUACCUUAUUUCUUCAUCAGGUUGGUCUUAGCCUUAGGGCUUUUCCAUAUUUUACCUGUACACUUUGCGUCGGAUCAAAUUUCACAAUAGGACCCGCAGUAUCUCAAGGUUUCUGACAUAUUGAAUGUCUUAGAUAUAGAAGUUCCUCACAAUGCCUUUUAGGAAACGCUGGUGUACAACACAGCCAUUCUUAAUGCAUUUAUUUAACCAAGAUCUUCAUGUUAAAGGGGCCUGUUGUGCAAAUUUGAGUCAUUUGAUAAGUGAAUCCAGGAAAUGGGCUAAGAGUAAUAACAGAUUAUUAUAAUGGGAGUUUCCAUAUAAAAAAAAGUGCUGGUAGCAGGAAUCUGUUGGGAUGAAAGAAAAACAAAAACAUUUUUUUAGUAACACUUUACAUAAAGGUACAUUAAAGCUACAAGGUGUAAGAUUUAAGAAUUUUGACAUUUCUACCAGUUUCCUCUGCUAAAAAAUGUUAUUGUAAUUGACUUACAGAAAAUUUUCGAUUGUGGCUUGAGCCCUGCACCCCAUUAUACCUGUAUUAGCCUGUAGUGUAGUGUCAGGCUCCUUCACUCUCAUUCUCGCUUACUUUAUUUACACACUCAUACACUCUCCCUCUUGCUCUCUCCUGAUUGGCUGUGUCCAGUCAUUGUGUAGUUAGACUUGGGUGAUGUUAGAUGAUUCCGAUCUGAUUUUAUGAAAUUUCACACCAAUUUCAGCCCCUGUUACAGCUCUAAUACAACUCCAAUACAACUCUAAUACAGCUCUCUGUUACAACUCUAAUACAGCUCUAAUACAACUAUAAUACAGCUCUAAUACAACUCCAAUACAGCUCUAAUACAUCUUUAAUACAACUCCAAUACAGCUCUAGUACAACUCUCUGUUACAGCUCUAAUACAGCUAUCUCUUACAGCUCUAAUUCAACUUUGUUACAGCUUUAAUACAGCUCCGAUACAACUCUGACUGUGAUACAGCUCUGACUCUGUGAUAUAGCUCUGACUCUGUGAUAGAGCGCUGAUGCUGUGAUAUAGCUCUGACAGUGAUACAGCUCUGACUCGGUGAUACAGCUCUGACUCAGUGAUACAGCUCUGAUGCUGUGAUAUAGCUCUGACUCAGUGAUACAGCUCUGACUCUGUGAUACAGCUCUGACAGUGCUACAGCUCUGACUCUGUGAUACAGCUUUGACAGUGAUAUAGCUCUGAUGCUGUGAUACAGCUCUGACUGUGUGAUACAGCUCUGACAGUGCUACAGCUCUGAUGCUGUGAUACAGCUUUGACAGUGAUAUAGCUCUGACUCAGUGAUACAGCUCUGACUCUGUGAUACAGCUUUGACAGUGAUACAGCUCUGAUGCUGUGAUACAGCUCUCACUCAGUGAUACAGCUCUGACUCAGUGAUACAGCUCUGACUCUGUAAUACAGCUCUGACUCAGUGAUACAGCUCUGACUCUGUGAUACAGCUUUGACAGUGAUACAGCUCUGAUGCUGUGAUACAGCUUUGACAGUGAUACAGCUCUGACUCUGUGAUACAGCUUUGACAGUGAUACAGCUCUGAUGCUGUGAUACAGCUUUGACAGUGAUACAGCUCUGACUCUGUGAUACAGCUCUGACUCUGUGAUACAGCUCUGACUCUGUGAUAUAGCUCUGACUCUGUGAUACAGCUCUGACUCUGUGAUACAGCUCUGACUCUGUAAUACAGCUCUGACUCAGUGAUACAACUCUGACUCAGUGAUAGAGCGCUGAUGCUGUGAUACAGCUCUGACUCUAUGAUACAGCUCUGACUCUGUGAUACAGCUCUGACAAUGCCCAUAUAGUCAUGUUUUUUUAAGCCACACACCCUGUAGAGUUUUAAGCUCCACUGUUUGCUACAUACCAAACAAACCAUAAACUUCAGCAUUAUUACAUCAUAAAUUUUCUAUAGUAAUACAGUAUUUACUUGUAUUUACCAAUCUACAUAAGACAACACAGGACUAAGGGCUAAGAAGUAAAAAAAAAAUAGCCACAUCACAUAAAGAGGAUCACAUAUUUAGAAGAUAUUGCAAUUUAUUUUAAAGAUUUUCUGUAGGUUUGGGCCAAGUAUUGUGUAAUGUCAUCACAGCUAACAGCUAUCAUGGAAAGUAAUUAUAGCUGCAUCUUCAGCAGUAGCUUAAAAGAAGAAUCCUGUGCUUGCAAUUUCACCUAUCAAAGUAGUUUUGGGCAUAAAAAAGCACAAAAUGUCCACAAGUUGUGUUGUGUUGCAAAUUGUGGGAAAUGACACAGCAAAGUCAAGCAAUCUUGGCCACAGCAAUCACCAAAAAACUCUAUCAAAUAGUCAGUGGUGUGUGAUUGUAUCCUGUGAUGGGUUGCUCUCCAGGGUGUCUCCUGCCUUGUGUCCUGACUCCAGGUUCCCUGUCACCCUGUACAGGAUAAACAAUACACAACAUGGAUGAUUGAAGCACUAAUAUCAACAUUAACGUCAGCUUUUAUUAACGUUACAGUUUCAUUUAUGCUGCUGUAUGUAGACUUUAAUGCAACACUAAUUUAGAGAGACUAAUUCUAUAAUAAAACUAAUUCUGUAUUUAAUUUCUCUUCUAGUUCAGAUUGUUUGGUCUGUAGUGAGUGUGAUGUGGCAAAUUCAGCUUUAUUAACGUGAUUUACUGCUUAAGAUCCGUGCUGAAGUUUAUGGAUUGUUGAUGUUAAGUAAUUUAGUAAACUAAUGUGAGUUCAGUGCACCUUCAUGUAAAAGUGUUCUCUUUGUAAAUCCUACCUUCUUGCUGCUACCAGAAACUGGACUGUUCAUCCUUUAAUGUAAGCCAAAAGCUGGAGGGAGUUUAUAUACUUUACACAAGUAUAGAGUUUUAAAACAUACAAAUAACAUGAUAGCAUUUAACGACGUAUCUGAGGAGCAGACAUGGACCAAAGAUAUUACUGCUGCAGUAUAUUUAAGUAUGGUUUAAUGUCAACGAUGCAUGUUUAAACCUCUCAAAAUGUUUGAUUUGAUGAGAAUCUCUCGGUCCAAACUUGUGUUUCUUCCAAACAAACUGUGCGACUCGUAAUUCACUGUGCUGUGUGAAACAAGCAUCUAAACCCACACAGGAACGACAUGCUAAAUUAUACAUUUCAAACAAAAUCUUUUUUCUUUUUUUAAUUUAAAUUUACUUUUAUUUUUAUUACCGUGUACGCUGUUUUUUUCUUGCACAAUUUUCGAAAAUAAAUGCAAAAUAGCAUUUAGGUUUGUAGCUGUAGCCCUGAGACUCACUGACCUCUGUGCUGCUUUCAGUUUGCGUGCAAGCUACUGCUACUGUUUCUGCGUAAUCUCAAAGCAUUUCACUUUCCCAACGAUGUAACCAAAGCCGGUACAAAGACUGUUAACAGGCACCGAGGUUACUGUGCACACACUGUCUUGUUUUUUAUUUGACAUUUGCCAUGAUUUAAAAAAAAAAGAAAGAAAAAAUUUAAUAAUAAAAAAAAAAAAACUGUCAUAAAGCAUAAAGAAGCCAUAAGGGACAGCCUGAAUUGUUAUGGUCUCUCUAUUUGUGGCUCGCUGCUAAAAACACUAACAAAAAAAAUAGGCUUAUGAAAUGUUUUUAAGCUCUAAGUAGUAUCUCAGUGUUUUAGAAUGUCGUGUGUAAACUAGGGAGAUAGACUGGCAACCCGAACACAUGAGCAGUCAGUAGCUGUACUGUGUGCCAGCAUGUACAUGGAAUCAUCUUUAUGUCAAUCUACCAGCUCCAAAUUACCUUUUUUGUCAUGCCAGUGUGUAUAGACCACAUUUUGAUACUGAACAUUUUUUUUAUUUUGAAAUACAAAAAAAAAAAAAAGAUACAUUCCAAAAAAUAUUUAUCUGUUGUUUUGUUUUGUUUUACUCACAUUAAAGACUGCCAUGUACCGUAUGUCAUAACUGACUUGUAACAAUCAUAGAUAAUAUAUUUAAUAUGUUCAAUAAAUUAUAGUCAUGCUGUGUAUUAA